CUCCUUCCCUUAGCCCCACCUCCUCGCCGCCCUGGACUUCCCUAUGACGUCACCGGCGGCGGCAGGCCCCGCCCCCGGUCCCCGGGCGGCCGGCUGCAUGACGUCACCAAGGUCCCACCCCUCCUGAGUGAGUUCGGUCCUCGCGUUCAUUUCAUUCCUCUUCUCAUUCCGAACAUUCUUAGCAUCGCUCGCGCCGCGCCGCCCGAGCCCAAACAGCCGCCGCGGCCGCCGCCGGCUCGCGGGCACCGCUAAGCACUUUUUCAGACUUGAUUAAAUCCUGCGGGCAGCUCCGGGCAGCUGGGCCCGGGCAGCCUCUCAUGCAGUGAAACCCACAAAAAAUAGCCGGCAGGAAAAGACCCCGGCCGCGCAGCCCCGGGGAGGCGGGGGAGCAGGGGAGCGGGAGCCGGGGAGCAGAGCGGAGCGGAGCCGGGCUGGGGCCGGGGUUGGCACAGAGGGGCGGCCGGGCCAGCCACGAGAGGUGGAGAGGUGGGGGCGUCCGGGGCCGGGGGCUGGGGCCGGGCCGGACCGGGCCAGGCCAGGGGGGUGGGAGAGACACCGGAGAGUGAGAGCAGCGCCGGGCGCGCGCGGCCAAGAAGUUUGCAAUUGAAUUGCAAGAAGCUGGAGGUGUUUUUGCAAAGGUGGAGUGGAAGAACUGCUGCUGCUGCCGCCGCCGCCGCCGCUGCUUAAUUGCACAUUCAAGUGGAAAAUUUUCGGGAGUCAGCAGAAACAUUGUGUCCCAAAAAGACUAAGUCGCAGUUACCACCAAACCCAGGAGGAGAUUCUCCCUGGAAAACUUCCCUUCGGUUUCUUUUCUUUAAAAGACUCCAAGCUUUGGCUUGGAGACCCCAACCGUCACCAUUGAGCCCAGCAGCUGGAGCGGCAGCGAAAGUCCUGCCGAAAACAUUGAGAGAAUGAGUGACUCUGCAGAUAAGCCCAUUGACAAUGAUGCCGAGGGAGUCUGGAGCCCAGAUAUUGAGCAGAGCUUUCAGGAGGCCCUGGCCAUUUAUCCACCUUGUGGGAGGAGAAAAAUCAUCCUAUCAGAUGAAGGCAAAAUGUAUGGUAGGAAUGAACUAAUAGCAAGAUACAUCAAACUCAGAACAGGGAAGACGCGGACCAGGAAACAGGUGUCUAGUCAUAUACAGGUCUUAGCAAGAAAGAAAGUUCGGGAAAUUCAAGCCGCCAUUAAGGUGUCUAGUCACAUUCAGGUUCUUGCCAGAAGGAAAUCUCGUGAUUUUCAUUCCAAGCUGAAGGAUCAGACAGCGAAGGAUAAAGCCCUGCAGCACAUGGCAGCCAUGUCAUCAGCCCAGAUAGUUUCAGCAACGGCCAUUCACAACAAACUGGGACUGCCGGGAAUCCCACGCCCCACGUUUCCUGGCGCACCAGGGUUCUGGCCAGGAAUGAUACAGACAGGUCAGCCGGGAUCUUCACAAGAUGUGAAGCCUUUUGUUCAGCAGGCUUAUCCCAUCCAGCCCACAGUCACUGCCCCCAUUCCAGGGUUCGAGCCUACAUCCGCACCAGCACCCUCAGUACCUGCUUGGCAGGGCCGUUCCAUUGGAACAACCAAACUUCGACUGGUGGAGUUCUCAGCUUUUCUUGAACAGCAGCGAGAUCCUGACUCGUACAACAAACAUCUCUUCGUGCACAUUGGCCAUGCCAACCAUUCUUACAGUGACCCAUUGCUUGAGUCGGUGGACAUUCGUCAGAUUUAUGACAAAUUUCCUGAGAAGAAAGGUGGUUUAAAGGAAUUGUUUGGAAAGGGUCCUCAGAAUGCCUUCUUCCUUGUAAAGUUCUGGGCGGAUUUAAACUGCAACAUUCAAGAUGACACAGGGGCUUUCUAUGGGGUAACCAGUCAGUAUGAGAGUUCAGAGAACAUGACCAUCACCUGUUCUACCAAAGUCUGUUCAUUCGGGAAGCAAGUAGUGGAGAAGGUAGAGACGGAAUACGCGAGGUUUGAGAAUGGCCGAUUUGUGUAUAGAAUAAACCGCUCUCCAAUGUGUGAAUAUAUGAUCAACUUCAUCCACAAGCUCAAGCAUUUACCAGAGAAGUAUAUGAUGAACAGUGUGUUGGAAAACUUUACAAUUUUGUUGGUGGUAACGAACAGGGAUACACAAGAAACCCUCCUCUGCAUGGCCUGUGUAUUUGAAGUGUCAAAUAGUGAGCAUGGAGCACAGCAUCAUAUUUACAGGCUUGUAAAGGACUGAGCACGGUUAUUUAUAUAUACAUAUACACACACAUACACACACACGUCAUCAUGAAACUACAGACUGUAAACCUCAGUACUAAGUGGCCGGGCCCCUGGCCCAGGGAAGCCCCCACGGUUUUCUAAAUCCUGUCAGAGUCAUUUUUCAUGUGUUCAUAUAUCAUUGUAGCUGUGAAAUUCUGGUACAGUUGUUAAAAAAAAAAUUCUUUCUAAAAUGAUGUGUUCUUCAGAUUUGUAACCCACAGUUCUUUGGGAAAGAUGACACUUAAAAAGCUGAGGUCUCUGUCUGGGAGACUUGUUUUUAAUUGUGGUAAAAAAUGUAAGACAGAAGCAUUUGCCAUGGGAAAUUUACAGCAUUUAUACAAAUGUAUUUAGUUUUUUUUUUUCCAACAUAAAAUACUUGUUUUAAGAUGCAAGUAAAAUUAAAAGUGAAACUUUAAGUAUAAAUGUAAAGAGUACACAAAGUGAAGAAACUUUAGAAUAUCUUUGUAACUAAUUAGGGUGAAACGAAUGUAAUUCACUAAAUUAUUUUUUAAACGAAACCUUUUUUUUUCCUUUUUGAAACCAAAUGUUACAAUGUAGCCUUAAGAAAUGCUUGGUAGGAAGACCCUAAUGAGGCAAAAUUGUAUUUUUUUCCUCACCAUUUAAAACUAAUUCUCUAAUCCAUUAAACAUCUGAACAGGUAUUGCAAAGAAAGAAAAUGUCAUCCCUUAUACAUAACAUAUAGAGUGUAUUUAAAAAUAUAAAAAUUGUAUUGUACUAAUAUGAAGAUUUGAUUAUUUAAUGAAAAAGAUGGCUUGUUUUGCAAUAAGUAGGUAAAUACUGAAAUUUUAAACUUACAUUGUAGUUGUGUGUGCAGUUAUAUUUUAUAUGGACAACUAAAUUUUCUAUUAAUUUGAGUUGAAUUUGAAACACUGAAAUUAUUAGUAACAAAAUAAGAGUUUUUUAAAAAAAAAUUGGCAUGAAUACUGCACUGUUAGCUGCAAGGUAGAGAGAGGACUGUGGUGGGAAAAAGAUUUCAUAGACCAAAUUCCAAAAGGCUCAUCUGCUUUAGUAUCGCUGCCACCCAGAACAUCACAGACCCACCUGAGCUUUUUUAACAGAUCCACAUUCAUUUGAAUAUCUAAAGUCCUUGAAUGGACAAGCAAGAGGCGUUUUCUGAACAUCUCUUCAAGCUCUUCAAUUCUGUGUGUUGACUAACUCCCUCAAGGUUUGGGCAUGCCAUUUGUCACUAACUUGGGUGUAUUUGUUCAUGCUCAUUCUUUUGAAACAAGCUUAUUUGAGGGUUCUUUAUUUCCCUCUUCAAAUGCUCAGAUACAUUCAGCAGUUAGAGUUGGUAGGGAGAGUGAGGACUUCACUUGGAUUCUUUCUAUUCUGAUACUAUAUAUUUCAUUAAAAGACCCAGAUUAUAAAGCAUGGUGCUCCUUCCUUCCAUCCUCCCACUUCCUUUUUUUCCUCCUUUCUUCCUUUUCUUUCCUCUCUCCCUUCCUUCCUUUAGUCCCUUCCUUUCAUUUUUUUCUCUUCCUCCAUUCCUUCCAUCUUCUCUUCCAUCAUUCUUUCUUUGUUUCUUGCUUCCUUCCUUCCCUCUUCCUCCCCCUCCUUCCAUCCUUUUUUACUUUCUCUAUUCAUCUCUCCUUCCAUUCCCUCCUUCCUUCCUUCCCUCCCUUUCUCCCUUCCUCACUCCCUCCUUCUCUGUCUCUCUUCCCUCUCCUUCCUUUUCCUCUGUCUCUCCUUUCCUUUCUUCUUUCUUCCUCUCUUCCUUCCUUCUCUCCCUCCCUUCCUUUCUCACUCCCUCCAUUCCUUCCUUUUUUUCUUUCCUUGUUUUUUCUUCCUUCCAUGUUUACUGAAUGCCAGUUUUCCACCACUUAUUGUCACCCAAAUAAAACUGCUUCACAGCUACAGGAUACAAUCUCUUACCCAAACCUGCCAUAAGAGACAGAUUGAGAGGUAGAAGAGACCUUAGUCAUCUUCUGCCCCAAAUCUUUCCUUUUACAAAUGAAGAACCUGAGACCCAGAAAGACUAAAAGCCUGUCCUGACAUCAAUCAGCUAGUAUGUAGCAGAGUCAAGAUUUGAACUCAGGUCUCUUUUCCUAGCACAUCAUACAUUUCAUCAAAAUGUGUGCAUUUGGUCCCUGGGAAGACAAGAUGGAAUUUGGCAUAUAGUGCUGAACUGUGGGGGCUCCUGUGUGAACUGCAGUCCUUUACAGAGCUUGUAACUCAGUUUAGGCCAGAUCCAGAUGUUGUCCUUACUCCUAUUCCCAGGGCCCAUUUGGCCCAUUCACAGCUGCUCACAGGUGGCCAUUUAUUUUAAGGCUGUGUGUGUCUUUUUGGAUUACAUCUUCUUAGCCUGUGACUGAGUAGCUGCUCCCAAAAUAAAGUAUGUCACAAGUCUUUGUGCAACUUUAAGCUUUAAUAACUUGAAAGUGAAUCAAGACUUUUGGUAUCUUGCCCACCUUUUCCCAUGGUGGUCCCAUUGCCCUCUCAAGCAGUUAUGCCUGAAGGGAGCCAUAUGCGAUUUGUGUGGCCCACAAACAGGAAGGAUAUUUCAAUCUGUUUUUCAAAGCUUGUACACACAUAUACGCACCCACACACACAACCCCACUGAGAUUUAGAAAUUUCUCAUGUAGUGGUACUAAAUAGAGGGAAUUAAAAAAAAAAAAAAAAAAAAACUAACAAACAGCCAAACAAACCACUCCUUGGUAUCCCAAACCUCUCCUGCCAGAUUCAAAGCUCCCUAGUCACAGUUAUUUACAUGCAGUCAUCUCCUUCUCAACAUAAUUGUAUGAUAAAUUGCUUAGGUGGUUUUUGACAUGGAUUCCAUUUCUGUGGAAUCUUCUUCUGCCCUUAAACCUUUGUUUGGAGCUUUGCUCUUAUCAGUGAGUGGAUUUGGGAUUGCUUUUUGAUUAAAAACACUGAUAAUUCUUAUCCCAUUUAAAAUUUUGGGUGUUUCUUUCCCCUUAAUCCUUUAUUUUUCAAAAGCUAAAGCUUUCUCUCAUCCUGUACUUCUUAAUAGUAAGGCUUAGACCUUUUGGAUGUGCUGUGGCUCCUUUCAGUAGCAGCUUUUGUGUCUCUUCCAUCUCUUCCUAGCAAUCCAUCCUCCCCUAAAUCUGCUUGGAGGGAACUACAGAAUUUUAUCUGAGGCCCUCUUGCAAAUUCUCCUUGAUUGUCUCUUCCAAGUGCAGGGGUCCUCAAACUACAGCCCAUGGGCCAGAUGCAGCAGCUGAGGACGUUUAUCCCCCUCACCCAGGGUUAUGAAGUUUCUUUAUUUAAAGGCCCACAAGACAAAGUUUUUGUUUUUACUAUAGUCCGACCUUCCAACAGUCUGAGCGACAGUGAACUGGCCCCCUAUUUAAAAAGUUUAAGGACUCCUGCUCUACAAUAUUCUGGUUGUAGAACUAAAAACCUCCAGGAAUGAGACUCAAGUGAUAACUAGUUCUCCUAAAUUUUGGUCCUCUCUAUCUAUUUUCAGGGCCUUUCCAUGCCAAUUUUCACCAGGGAAUGUGGGGCCUCUCCUUCUGUUUUCUGAAGUGAAAUAUAAUGACAAAAGGGCACUAAGUUGGACAGUGUAACUCCAUUCCUCUUUGCUUUCCUGAAAGACCCAGAAUAAAAACCAGGGACUGCUUUGGAGAUUGUCUUAAACAGAAUGUCUAAUAAAGCUCUAAUAAAACUUUCUGGGCCAAUGUUUCCCAUCCCAUAUUAGACUGAUUGGUCUCAUGGGAAUAGUGAUGGGGACCUGGAAAGAAAGAAAUAGGAGUUUUAAGUCCCAGAAUGCAGAAAGCAGGACACUUAGCAGAUCUGCUUAAGUUUAUGUAUUUUGUGAAUUAAAAGCCUUUAGUAAUGUUUUCUUGCUUGUAUUUUGAAAACAAUGAUUUGGCCUAAGUCACCAUUUUACAAAAAAAAAAAAAAAAAAUAAGGACUUGCCUAUUAGAGCUGGGACUAUGGUAUGCAGAUCCCCUUCUGGCCCAGUAGCCUUGUGCCCAAACUAUGAUCUCAAAUCUUCUGAGCUCAUAUUGGUCUGAUCAGCCUCAGUUGUAGGCACUGUACUUUGACUCCAACAUAGUGAUGUCAUUUUGGUUCUCUUCAAGCACAAAGGACAAUAGCCAACAAAAGUUGCCAAAUCCUGGCUUCAGGGCUGCCAUAGCAGAGGUAGAAAAGAAAUAAGGAUUAGAAAUCUAUAGCUAUUCAAACUGGAGAAACCAUCUCAUCCAACCCAUUUUAUAGAUGAGGAAACUGAGGAACCAGGUAGAGAUUCAAUUCCUAUUCCAGUCUUUCCUGGAACAACUUCUUUACUCAUCAUCUUCUUGCUCCCCUUAAGUCCUGUUCCCUUCCUAAUAGAAAUGAUGAAUGCUUGGGCUUCCCAUCAUCCACGCUCAUUUUGAGUCUUUUCUCUUUAUCAUCGCUUUCCACCGAUUCCUCAGAGCUUUCGUUCCUAGCACCUUUUUGCUGAAUUUUCUAUGGAGUCUUGCCAAGGAUUCACUUCCCAGACUAUCUCAUUAGUAUUCGUAUAGACAUUCCAGGGGAAAUGUUUUUUGUUUGUUUGUUUUGUUUUGUUUUUUGACCCUGGAAAAUUUAGAUUACAGGGGCCAGAUGCAGCAGCUGAGGACGUUUAACCCCCUUACCCAAGGCUAUGAAGUUUCUUUAUUAAAGGCCCACAAAGCAAAGUUUUUGUUUUUACUAUAGUCCGGCCCUCCAACAGUCUGAGGGACAGUGAACUGGCCCCCUAUUUAAAAAGUUUGAGGACCCCUGAUUUAGAAUGAAGAACAUUGACUGGGAAAGAGAUCAUCCAGAGUUUGAGAGAGAAUGAAUGGGGUGAGGAGGGAAUCAGCUGAGAUCUUGGAAAAGGGACAGACUCACUAUUUUAUAGAAAUCUAGAAUAAACUAUUUUAUAGAAAUAACACCAAUUUAAUAGAAAUAACAUUUCUAAGACACAGCUCUAUCUGAAUAUCAUUUUCUGCCUGCUGGCUAAGAAUCCUGUCUUAUAGUCAUAUCAUUGAUAUGCACAUAGUAAAGCUGAUGAGCCUUUUAGUUAGCAUUGUGUAUGGUUCACCUUCCACCAUAGGUACCUGUAGACACCUUUCUGAUGCUGACCAUCCCAUCAGCAAGAGCACAGCACCCCGAGAGCCCAGAGGUCACCCUCUAUUCUAAAACUACUUUUUAAAAGCCAAGUCUUCUUUAGGACUCCAAUACAAUAAGUGGCUGUAGCUGUUUUUUUGUUUUGUUUUGUUUUGUUUUGUUUUUUCCCCUAGGACAGUCAACAAUUUGAAUUGUAUAACGAUAUAUCAGUCCAUUUACAAACCAGGUACAGUUUUCUAUGCUCCGGUACUGCAUCCUUCCUGAUGUCAGGUUUUUCCAAGCUUGUGCAUCAGUGUUGUCCGUGUGUCAUUUUAGGAGGAAGUGUUUGCUUUGCUUUUUCUUCACCCUUUUUCAAUACGUGGCUAAACCCUGCACACGUUCAUUCUGAAAAGCCUUAAAUCCUUGGGAUGUUCAACGUGGGGUGUGUGGUACAAAAGGCUGCCUGAAAACUGUGAGCCCUUUUGUAAGCUGGAAGCAUUUCUCUUGUAACUGUUACUUUUCUAGGAACUUUUUAAUUCCGAGCCGCCAAAGCAUUCCAGUAUGCAGUGCCUUAGUGUUCUCUUAGACGUACUUGCCACCAGCCUUUUCUUAGAGACAUUUCUCGACCUGAUUUUUACAAAUUGGCUCCAUUCACAAAACAAAUGAACAACAACAACAACAAAAAAAAAAUGAGCACCUGUUUUCUUUGUUUCCACAGGAAACUUUCCUGACUACUUGGUCUAAAACAUGAAAUUAUAUCCAAGUCAAUCCCAUCAUUACACUCUUAAAUGUAUAUACCAAAAUGAAAGGUUACAACUUCAUAGUUUUCCGUGAAAAGUACUUAUGAUGCUGCCUUUUAAAUUUCACGACCAAAUACUUAACUAUUUUUGAAUUUUCACUCUAGCAUGAAAGUGCCUUUGGUUUGCCGUUCCAGCUUAGAAAAGUGCUGCCAUAAUGAUGAUAAUUUGUAGAGAGACCAAAAAUAUUUAGAGAUCACCGUAAUGCCUUUGGUUUAUUGGAAUGAGGGGGAAAAAAACACAAAACUCUAGGCCUCCAUUUACAAGAGAGCACUGCGUAUGGUAACCUUGCCACCAGUCAUUGGAUAGUCCCGUCCACAACUUUCUAUUUUCCACCACUGUUUUACAGCCGUGAAAGAUCAGUCACUGGGAUGUUAAUGGAUCCAGAUUACCCAUGUACUCCCUUUUCAGCUCCUUGCCCAGUCUUGUGUCUGUGGAGCACGCUAGCCACAGAAAUCAUUUGUCAGUGGACAGAUGUUACAACUUUGGGUUCAUUCGAUCUCCUUUCUGUUGAACAUUUCAGUUCCUGUGAAGGCUUUCCUUUUUAUUCUAGUUCUAGUGUGCACUAUUUUGUUUACAAAGUUAGACUCUUUGGAAAUUUGGAAGCACCAGACCGAGAGAAAAGUACCGAACCAAAGUGAAUUAGGGUAAAUUAAAUCCAAACCAGCUUUUUAAAGCCUGGAAAUGUUGAUUCUUGAGUGUGAUGUCUGAAUGUGCUUUGAAAAAUCUCCCAAAGAGCACCAGUCACAACUCAGCAUUUUCAAGAAAUGUUUCAGUCCCAAGGAAGGCAACUCCUUAAAGUCAUUGUCUGCUUUUGUCACCUUUUGAGAUCUGGGCCAUACAUUAUAAAGAAAAUGAACGUGAGGGGUUGGGCUAGGGGACCAGGGAAAAACACCAGCCCAACCAAAAUCUGGAAGAGAGGUAUUUUUAUUAUAAACACAGUUUUAUAGUCGCUUGAUAAACUUUUGACAUUAUGUUGUCUGCUCCUGCGUGGUGUCUAUCAUAAGAAUACUCUUUCUAAAUUUGAAAUUUUAUUUUAUUUCACUUGAUUUCUGUGCCUCUCUUUCCUCACUCUCCCUCUAAUCCUUAUGCUAUGAAGAUUUACAAAUGAAAAUAAACCUAUCUGGAAUGCCACUAAAAUUCAGCCAUUUCUAUUCAAACACUACACAAGUUAGUUAGCUACUUGAAUUUUCAAACCAUGGAUCUUGGUACUGCACCCUGCCUUGAAAAAAAAAAAUGAAGCUCUAAUAAUACUUGUUUCUCCUCUCUUCCCCUCCCCUCUUUUUUUUUCCUAGCUUAGUUUCAUUUGGCAAUAGUUUUUAGCCUUUUUAAACCCAUUGCCUAUAUCUUUCAAAGUGAAACUUGUUUGAUUAAAGUUUAAUGCCAGUAGGCAGCUAGCAGAAGUCAACCCACCAUGAGAAGAGUUGAAAUGCUUGUAUUUAUUUUCUUUUCCUAACUCUUUGAAAGUAAUUGGUUUUCUUACUCCCUAUGAAGUUGUUUUUUUUUUUUUUUUUUUUUUUUUUGGAGUCUCUAUACUCUGAAGUGUUCUGAUUUUUUUUUUUGAAAUGAUGUUUAAUCUCUCUGUUGUUCCUUAUCAAUCAUUAUAGAUUCCAGUUUCAGACCUUUCUCAGGUUGACCUUUUUUUGUCUGCCUUUGAUUAUAAGAUUGUGCAUUCUUUCUUUUUCUUCCUUCUUCUUUGUUCUUCUUUCUCCUCCUCCUUUUUUCUUUUUUUUCUUCAUUCUCCUUCUUCAGGAAAGGAAGUUUUUAGUAUUCAAAUGCAAGCCAAUUGGAAGUCAGUCUCAGACUUUUCCAGUUUCAUAUUUGUAAUCUUCAUUGUGUCAGUUAGCUAUUGAAAGCCCUUGGUUGACAAAUGAUGUUUUUCCCUGUUACCUCCUUAAAAGACACAUUUUUUGGUGAGCCUUAUUACUUCAGGCUCAUGACCGCAGACAAACAAACAAACAAAUAAAUAAAAUAAAAUAAAAUACAGUACGUGCCUGAAAAAUGACAGAAGAAUUUUAUAACAGUUGAAAAAAAAAAACCUGAAUAGCCUUUAAUUCUUUACUAUCCGUACAUUUUACGUAAACCCGUUUUGCCAUGUACAUCUGUUCACGUUGUAAAUGACUUAAUGGAAUUCUCACUUUAUGUUUAUUCGUGUAAUGUGUAUAAAAAUGGGUUUGUGACUUAAGCAUAUUCAUAUAUGGUCAGUGGUUACUUUAUGAUUGUACUGCUGCUGGUGACUUGAUGUGGAAACUGCCUUUUGAUAAAGCAUUUCCUUUUUGUUAGAUUGGGUGGGUGGGGACCCUGUUGGGGGAGGGAGGGAAGGAGGGCAAAGAAAAUCUCACAUUUCUUUAACCUAAUUGCAGAAAUUUCCAAAAGAAGUUCACUUCAAUCUCUUGGCAGUACAGUAUUCUUGUAUUUGUUAUUGUCUGUGUGUAGGUACUGGUACCUUUUUUGUUUCAAAAUGUUUUUAAGUGUUGGCUUUAAAGUGAAUUUAUCUUUAGUAUGAUAGUAAUAUGAAAAUUAUAGGGUUUGUGUGCAGAGAAUUUUUUUAUAAAGUGCUUUGUAAAAAAAAAAAAAAUGUAUUCUAGCUUUCGCGGUACAUGUGUGAUAACUUUAAUAUCCAUGCCAGUUAAGUGCAAUUAUUUCAUCACUCUAAAAAUGCUAUUUUUGUGUCAGUUACUGCAGGUGUUUUCAUGUCUUUGCAAAGUGACACAUUUUGAUGCCUUCUUGAGGAAGUGGUAGACUUUUUGUAGCUUUCUAGAAACUUUGUAUUCAUACCGUAUCGAUUGAAAAUAAAGAAAAUCAAAGUGUGGGUCAA